GGAGAAAGAUCCGAACUGCGCAGCCGUCAGCCGUCGGAGUAGUAACUCUCGAAAUGGAACUGGACUAAAGACUCGCUUCAUAUUUCCAGCCUUUUCCACGACAACCGCUAAAACCCAAGCUCGCAUUCGUCUUUCCCUUUCAUCCGUUGGAUUCGAUGGCCGACCACACAGUUCAAGAAUCCAACGACCCAGAGAAACAGGGGAAACCCGAGUUCCUUCUUCCCGUUGAAGACGAAGGAGAACUGCGGAAACUGCUGGUACCCGACCCGGAAAAUCUCCCCGCCACUCCUUCUUCCGCCGUCGAAACCAACUUCGUCUCCUAUUUCGCGCCAGAUUUUACGAAGCCAGGGCACGACCAGUACGUUUACAGACAUGCCAAUGGGCUGUGCGUGGUUGGCUUGGCGCCGGGCCAUUUGGCGUUUAAGGAUGAAGGAGGGAUCACCGCCGUCGAUUUCAACGUCGGCAAGUCGGAUCGGAGCGGUAUGAAGGUCACUGGGAAACGCAAAAAGAAUGCCCAGCAUUUUGAGUCCAAUACAGCUAUAUGUAAAGUUAACACAAAAGCGGAUUCCUACAUCGUGAGGUGUUGUGUGAAAGGGUCAUUGUUGGAAGUGAAUGACAGGCUCAUCAAGCAGCCUGGUUUGCUCAAUUCGUCGGCGGAUAGAGAAGGAUAUGUUGCCAUCAUGAUGCCAAGGCCAGCAGACUGGUUGAAGGUCAAGGCUUCAUUGAUGAGCGGCGAAGAGUAUGCAAAGCUGAGAGAAGUAAGGGUGCUGAACUGAUUGAUGGAAUCUCUCCAGCAUGGAUGGAGACUAGCACUCAGGUUCAGCUUUCUGCAACUAUUGCAGCUCAGGCUUUCUUCUAUACGCUUUGGAACCUGGAAAAGGCGCAGAUUUGAAUGCUAUUUCGCCUCUUGCUUUCCUGCUCCAAUUUGUGUUUGUUUUGUCUGAUUAGCAAGAAGGAAGCACGCCACCUUGCUGAGGUGUUAGGCCGUGGCGAAUUGUAAUUCAUGUCAGGGAUCAAGUUUUGCAGAUUUCUUGUGAAGUUGAAAUGAAAUUAUGUAUGGUCUAGUUUAAAAACUGCCUUUCUGAGUAUGAUCAGCAAGACUUUCAUUUACUUUGGAAACUUAGGAGGAUCUCUAUGAACAGCUCUAAGAGCAGGGUAUAUCAUCUUGGCUGCAUUUUAUGUUUGUACAUUGAAAUGGUGAAAGAAAACUAGUUAAGAAUUGAUUGCACACGACCUAGAAACAAAUUGAAUGGCUGAGGCUUUCGAUUGGCCACCUGGAACUCUAUUUAGCUAAUCAAUCUUCUUCUAUUUUUCCUCCUACUUUCUCUCUAAUAUCUCCACCAUUACCCUUCACCUUCUCCUCUUUGGCCUCGAACCCGAAUUCUUCCUCCCCUAUCAUCAUCUCUUGCAUUAUGAACCUCCUCGACCGAUUAAUCGUAUGAAAGCACAAAUACACAUGUUCUUCGAGCUCAUCUAGUUGUUCUAGGUAGCAAGCGUCGUGGUCACGAAGCUCCCUCACCACCUGCCUCAGUAGCUCUUCGUUCUUGUUGUUCCUCACACACAUUGCGGAGAGCACCUUCCUGUGCUCUACCUCGUUGUUGAGGCUUGUCGCUAGCCUACUCAUCGUAU